CAUGCACGCAUUUUUGAGUUUGCACGCCUUUUCUUGCGCAUCUUUUCAUUUCGUAUUUUAUACUUGUACACACAAAAAAACCACCCCAAAUUCAUUUAAUCCUCUCAUUUUCACUCUGCAUUUAAAACAACUGUUGAUAAUAUAACCUAGCAUGGACAACUUAGAAGUGGGCGACACCAAUACUUCGGUGCAGCAGUUCUUGGAUGGGAAUUUCACAACACUCGAUUCGCUGGAGUUAGUCGAUGAGCUGCUUCGUGACGCAGAGAGCACCCACGCGCUGCUCGAGGAUGAGUUGCGGGCGGCCCACGAAGAAAAGCAGUCGCUCCUAAAGGAGGGUAUCGAUUUAGUUGAGCGCGUGCACAAUGAAUCGCUCAAAUUCAUCGAUGUGCACAGCGAGGUCGUGGGGUCAUCCACCGACGAAAACGUAUCGGCGUGGCAGUUCCGCGAUGGUACGGAGGCGAUGGAGCUGGUUUCAAAGCUUGCUGCAGAAUUGGAAACGUAUGAAAGGCUGGGCGAGUCAAAGAAAUAUAUUAACGUGGUGGUAGACAUGGAGCAGGCCAAGGAGCAUGUCAAGCAUAAUCUGACCAAGGACCCGCAGAGCGUCCUGGCAGCUUGCACUCGCGCUUUUGGGAUACUCGCAGCAAACGGCAGCUCUGGCCAAGGCGCCGAUGAUAUAGAUUUAGGGACCACAUCAAACUUGAAAGAGUACACAAGGCAGUCAGCAAAACAUAUUUGGGAUGAUGCCGAGGGCGCUGCAGCCAGCGCGCAAAGCAAAGCGCUCAGCAAGCUGGGUUGGCCGGGGAAAAUGGACAUGUCAUUGACAGCUGCAGUUGUCGCGUUUGACGCUAGCUUCUCAAUGCUGCUCAACCUCGAUCGAAUUUUACAUGACUCGCGUGAGACGUUGUUGCGAAACAAAAUGGACCUCCGAAACGGCAAGACAUCGCCAUUGCCUCUGGAGCACAUGGCCAGGGCCGUAGACAUUCGCAUGCGUUACCACUUUGAGAGCACCCGCGAGACAAACCGCGCGGACAAGCCUGAGUGGUGGCUCUCGCAAGUGCUCAGCACACUGCGCAGCAUUGUUCCUUUCUUAGAGGCUCAUGUGCAGUGGCUCUACGACGGCACAGCGCUGGAGCGCCUCGACAUGCGUAACGAGUUUAUACGACUGCUUCUGCCCAUUGUCCGCCGCAAGCUGGCACACGACCGCCCAGACUACCUGAAGAUGGGCAUGGUCAUCGCGCACGUAGCCAGCGAGCUUGCUGACUUUGAGCACACCCUGCAGGAGGUGUAUUUCUUUGACGGGCCGAGCGUCCUCCAAGAGCUUCUCUCCGACAUUGAGCUGGUGGCCGCCUGGAUCGAGGCCGAGCGCUCUAGCGCGAUAAAGUCGUACAUGGAUACCAUUGCGGAGCCGGGUGCGUUCGACCUUGUGUAUGACAGCGAUGUGCUGGGAGCCGAUGACCCCAAGCCAUCCCGCAUUGCGGAAAAUGUUGUGCUUCUGGUCGAGGACAUUGCGGAGCGGUACUCUGUCGUGCCCAGCUGCAUGCACCAGCUCCAGCUUCUGUCAACCGCACAGUUCCCCAUCAUCAUUGCUCUGGUUGAGGAUGUUGAAUCCGAGAUCGACGAGUUCAGCCGCAUAUCGCUGGCCUUUAUACGAGACACAACGUCUGGGAUUGCCUCUGGCGCUGCAGCCACGACCGCCCAGUCGUCGCUUAUCGCCCAGCUUGGCCGUCUGGCGUCAUGGUAUCAGACUGUAUGGUAUGUUGAAGAGGCAGCGUGCGACUGGAACAACUCUGCUCUCUACGUCGACAUGUGGGCCGCAGUUUGCAGACGCGCCCAAGCGCUCGGCAGCAGUGCUGAUCCGAGAGACUGGCGUGAAGACUGCGACAGCUGGAGCGAGGAGGAUCGAAAGCUCCUCGAUAGCCAGACCGAGCUCAUUGCCAGUGCUGAGAACGACGACUGGCUUGACAGCGGUAUUUGGGAGCGCUCAAUUGGAACGCUGCGAGAGCUGAAGCAGCGCGUGCUCGACCUUAUCAGCAGGGCUGUCAACAAGGAUGCCAUUGGUCAAAUGCGUGCCUAUCGCAAUAAAAGCAACUGGGCCUUCAGCAGCACUGGUGUCGACGCCGAUAACGAUGUCUCGACGGAGCUCGGUGCGCUCAUGCCAGAACUAGCAGUGCUAGUAUCUUCGCUAGUCUCAAUCCUCCCAUUCGCGGCCUUUAUGCGCGUGAUGCGGCUGCUGGCGGACGAAAUGGACACGCUUCUUGUCGAGCGGGUCGCCUGUAACCAUACGUUUAAUGCGCAGGGCGGCCGCCAGUUUGCCAAGGAUGUCAGCGCGCUGGGCCAGGUAUUGUUUGCAUCUGCUGCUCGCACGGCAUUCAAGAGCUCGACGCAGCGCUCGUUGCCUAAGGCCAAGGAAUGCGGCUUGAUAUUGUCAUGCGGCGUCGACGGCACAGCAUCGCCGGGAGUAGCCGGCUCGGGAAUGGCCUUGUCCCUUGAGGAGUGGACCCCGGCGAUCAUGGACCCAGCUACCGACAGCCAGGAGGCCAUGCUCGUCCUGAAGAAGCUGGGCAUUAGCAGCCUGUCGCUCAAGCAGGUGCGGCAGCUGGUCAAAAACCGUGCCGACUUUGCGCCAGCCAACGUCUUCGAAACACCGUAGAACUGGCAUGGCAGCAGACCGACCAUGUAUAACUUAAUU